ACAACAUCAUCUUCAACUAUGGAUGUGUCUUAUCUAUUUGUUUCCUUCCUACUGAUUCUAACUUCCUACCUCUUCAAAUCCUUCUUCCGUCGCAAGUUCUCCAACCUUCCGCCCACCGUCUUCCCGUCACUUCCCAUAAUCGGCCACCUUUACCUUCUGAAACCACCACUUUACAGAACCUUCGCGAAAAUCUCCGCCAAAUACGGCCCCAUUGUCUAUCUCCAGUUGGGCUUCCGCCGUGUCGUGGUGAUUUCCUCACCUCCCCUCGUCGAAGAAUGUUUCACCAAGAAUGACGUCAUCCUUGCCAACCGCCCUAAGAUGCUAUUCGGCAAAAUCAUCGGCUUCAAUUACACUAGUUUGGUAUGGGCGCCAUAUGGCGACAACUGGCGCAACCUCCGUCGCAUUGCAGCCAUCGAGAUCCUAUCCAUCCAUCGUCUCAACGAGUUUCACGACAUACGAGCAGAAGAAGGAAGGUUGCUGAUCCGUAAGUUGAUGUCUAGUUCUUAUCCGGUGACUAUGAAGUUGGUUUUCUAUGAGCUGACUUUGAAUGUGAUGAUGAGGAUGAUUGCCGGGAAGAGGUACUUCGGUGGUGAUAAUCUCGAGUUGGAGGAAGAAGCGAACCGAUUCAGGGAAAUGCUAAACGAAACGUUUUUGCUCGCCGGAGCUUCAAACGUCGGAGAUUACUUACCAAUUUUAAGUUGGUUGGGAGUGAAGGAACUGGAGAAGAGGUUGAUAGCAUUACAGGAGAAAAGGGAUGUUUUCUUUCAAGGAUUAAUCGAGGAAGUUCGAAGAUCAAAAGGGAAUGAAAUGGGAAAUAAGAGGAAAACGAUGAUGGAAGUUUUGUUAUCCCUACAAGAAUCUGAUCCCGAGUACUACACUGAUUCCUUGAUCCGAAACUUUGUGCUGGCUUUAUUAGCAGCUGGGAGUGAUACUUCGGCUGGAACCAUGGAAUGGACCAUGUCCCUUCUACUAAACCACCCGGAAGUUCUUAAAAAGGCACAGAACGAGAUCGAUCAAGUUGUCGGAAAAGAUCGUCUUGUUGAUGAAUCAGACAUAUCGAAUCUACCUUACCUUCGUUGUAUCAUAAACGAGACCCUUCGACUGAAACCUGCAGGACCUUUACUAGUUCCACACGAAGCAUCAGAGGAUUGUGUGAUCGGAGGCUAUAACAUCCCUGGAGGGACUAUGGUGCUUGUGAAUCAAUGGGCGAUACAUCAUGACCCGAAAGUGUGGGCCGACCCGGAAACGUUCAACCCGGAAAGGCUUGAAGGUUUGGAAGGGACAAGAGAUGGGUUUAAGUUGCUGCCGUUCGGGUAUGGAAGGCGGAGUUGUCCGGGGGAAGGGUUGGCUGUGCGUCUUCUUGGGAUGACUUUGGGGUCGAUUAUUCAGUGCUUUAACUGGGAAAGGAUUAGUAAGGAGAUGGUGGAUAUGAGUGAAGGCUCCGGGAUUACCUUGCCCAAGGCUGUUCCAUUGGUGGCCAAAUGCAAACCGCGUCUAGAGAUGGAGAAUCUACUGUCGCAGCUGUGAGUCGAUCGAUUUAGAGACCUGUCGUUGAUUUGAAACAAGUUGGUGAUGGUGGUUUCGUCACUAUUUUGGUCUUUCUCCGUUGACCAAAUUCUUGUUUUUUCUUU